AUGAUCGAAGCGGAGCUCAGCCCUGUGUUCAGGAACCAGAAGCUGCCCCUGAGGGAAGAGCAUGGAGCACUGAGCCAAAGACUGUGGCGACAGAGGUGGACACUGAGCACUGGGAUCCGGGGCCAGGGAAGCAGGACAUCCCAACUUACAUUUUGCUCAAUUUCCCUUUUAGGGAGAUGGAGAUUUUUUCCAGUAUUACGGUCGUCCUUGUUCCAGGCCCUACAUAAUUCCUGCUGUCGGAAAAAGUCCACUGCACCCAAGAAAAUUAUUCCCGACGCUGCUUUUUGUGACAAAAAUACAAAGGAGUCUGGAAAUGCACUUGACAAGCUUUUUUCUUCAGAACAGCAGGCUUCCAUCUUGCAUGUGUUGAAUACAGCAUCUAAUAAAGAACUUGAAGCUUUCAGAUUGCUUCGUGGAAGGAAGUCCGUCAAUAUUGUACAACACAGAGAAAAGUUUGGGCCAUUUCAGAAUUUGAAGAGUUUAAUGAAUGUGCCCUUGUUCCAGUACAAAACUACCGUUCAAGUUUGUAACUCCAUUCUUUGUCCAGAGACUGAACAGAAAAAAAGAAAGUCACAGGAAAACCGGCUCUUGAAAAAACUCAUCAAGCCAGAAAUUGAAAGAGAGAGACUUCAGGCAGUUAAUAGUAUCGUAUCCAUUGUUUUUGGUACUCGAAGAAUUGCCUGGGCUCACCUUGAUCGUAAAUUGGCAGUGCUGGACUGGCAGCAAAGUGAAUGUUGUCAGUUGAUGAAAGGAACAUAUGUAUCAUCUGUCUAUUUAGAAGAGAUUUCUUCAAUUGUUUCAAAGAUGCCUAAAGCUGACUUCUAUGUUCUGGAAAAAACAGGACUCUCACUUCAGAACUCAACUCUGUUCCCGAUACUGUUGCAUCUGCAUAUCAUGGAAGCCAUGCUGUAUGCCUUACUAAACACGACGUUUGCCCGCGGUGGCCAGCAUCAGGUGCUGAGCAUGAACCGAAAUGCAGUGGGGAAGCACUUUGAACUGAUGAUUGGUGACAGCCGGACUAGUGGGAAAGAACUAGUGAAGCAGUUCCUCGAAGACUCUGUGCUGAAGGAAGAGCCUCGGGUGUUCUUCCCAUCAGAUAAGAUAGUCCACUACAGGCAUAUGUUUUCAUCUACUGAACAACGCAGGAUAGAAGAGCUAUAUGAUUCAUUGUUACAAGCUGUUGCCUUCUACGAAUUGGCAGUGUUUAACACUGAACCUUAAAAUUCUGAUAAUGCAUGAUCUUCUCUAAUGUUAUAUUUAUUAGCUAUAAAGUUGUAAAAACCAACUGUUUUAAAUCCAUGUUAAUGGAAAAGAAAACAUGGUUUGAGUGUAUUUAAUGUUUAAAGUCAGACUUUUGGCUGUUGAAUGGCUUAUACAAUAAGCCAAGGCCAAAUCCAUAAAUAUCUUAUGAGAUUCUGUACCUUUUAGGUUCAAGUGUUAAACAGUAAGAUACCUCCUAAACAGUCGAAACAAGAAACGUUAUCUUCCGUUAAAAGCAAAUACCAUCUAUGCUAAAGAAUUUGCUGAAACAGGCAAGUAAUGAGUUUUUCUGGGUGGUGCUCAUCAUGGGAAUAAAGCCAAAUAGUUAUAACUGAUAAGACAACUUGUAGAAUCCUGUUCUUACUCUGUAAAUAGAAUGUCAUUUGGUACGCAGCCUCCAAAAGGUGAUUUUCAUCAGCUCCAACUAUCAAGCCCAGAAUAAACAAGCUUCGUCUAACAGGCUCAUUAUAUCACUUGGAAAUCUUUUCAUUGGCAGACCACCUUUUGAGAAAAGUAGCACUUGCUUUUCCACAUCUCCAUUUUCCAGUAUAUCUUCCUUAGUCCAGGCCUUCAUUAUAUCUCACUUGUGCUGAACCCAAGUCUCUGAUGUCAAAGCAUUAAGUCUUUUUUUUAAUCUAAAAGUGAAAUACACUUGUUGGGAAGAAUUAAAAUAAUCAUGUAUAUGUAAAAUAAGUGGAAGUCCUCCCUUUCAGCACCUUGUAACUCUUUAGGAGUUUGGUGUACACUCUAGAUGUGUCGCCAUGCACGUGUAAACCUCUACAGUUUCAUAGUAUAUGGCUGUACACAUAAACAUCUCCACCUUGGGAAUGUUAUAGAUGCCUCAAACGACAUGUCUGAAACCACUCUCUCUCCUCCAGAUCACCUCCUUUGCUACUGUUUUAUACUUUGGUAAAUAGCCUCACCAACCAUCCAGUCCUUCAUGCCAGACACGUGGUAUUAUCUUACUUCCCACAUAUUUCUGGAAAUAGCUGUAAGUGAAAAUGUGACUGUUAGACAUUUAUAGGCUAGGAUGCUAAGUAUUGAGAAGUCCUCAAAAUUUGCUUAUUUUUAUCACAAAAAUGAAUCUAAAUCUAACAGGAAUUUGUCACCUUUAAGAAUUGAGAAAAAAAAUUUCCCCAAAUUAUGUCAAACCUAAAAAAAAGAUAUAAAAAAUUCUAUGGAAUUAUUUUACUUUGGUUCCUCAAUUGAGAAUAAUCAGAAUUUUCUAAUAAUAAAAGGCCAAAUUAACAGGUAGGUGCUCUAUAGGUAGUGAACUCUUUUUUC